AAAAAUUAGAUAUAUUGCGUUAUAUUGCUUAUGGUCUUGCUUUAAUUCACAAAGAAGGAUUAAUGCAUAAAGAUUUUCAUUCUGGAAAUUUGGUUGGAACUUCUUUAGAAUAUAAUUAUUAUAUUACAGAUUUUGGAUUAUGCAAGCCAAUUGGAUCUAAAGAUACAAGAAUUUAUGGAGUUCUACCGUAUGUGGCACCUGAAGUUUUAGAUUUUGAACAAAUGCAGUGCUGA